CGCCGCCACCUGGACCCUUCUGCAAGGCUGCAGCAGCGCAACAGCUUUGCGUCCAGUUUCCCCACCACCUCCACCACUUCCUCCAACCGCCUCCUCCUUCUCCUAGCUUCUCCGACCGGACCUCGUGAUGCUGCCGGCGGGGGCCUCGGCGGCUGCUUGAAGACGACCUGCGCGGGGGUGCGGUGCGGCGCGGCGGCGGGGGAGGAGGAGAAGGCCCGGGAAGCGGAGGAGGAGGCCGGGGAAGAUGUUCGACAGCCUGAUCAACUCCAAGUUCUACAACCGGUGCAAGCACGCCUUCAAAUGCAUCCGGACGCGGCUCGUCGUCAUACGCCGCAAGAAGCUGGCCAUGAUCGGAUUCAUGAAGAAGGACGUCGCAGAGCUGCUCUCCAACGGCCACGACAAGCACGCCUUCGGACGGAUGGAUGCGCUGAUAGUCGAGAUGAACCAUGCCUUUUGCUAUGACAUGAUCGAGGAGUACUGUGAUUUCAUUGGGAAACAGCUCAACAGCCUACAGAAACAGAGGGAGUGUCCCCAGGAGUCCAGGGAGGCCGUGUCAACCCUAAUCUUUGCUGCUGCUCGCUUCCCAGACUUGCCUGAACUGUGUGACCUAAGGCAUGUAUUCACAGGAACAUAUGGUUCUCUGGAGCCAUUCAUUAGCCACAAGUUUGUUCGGAAACUUCAAUGCGAUUUGUUCACAGAUGAGGAGAAGUUUCAAGUGAUGCAAAGUAUUGCUGAAGAGUUCUCUGUUGGUUUUGAUAGAAAGGCAUUGGAAAUCAAGUUAUGGGUGGCACCAGAGACUAAAGAUGGUUUUCUUGAAAAGGAUUCAGUGGAAAAGGUUGAGCUGGUAAUGCCUUUGCCCAUCAAGCAGAGGCAUGAUGGUGAACAUCAGGGGACUGGUGAACAUCCACUCGAAAGAAAAUCUGAAGCUACAUCUGUAGGCCACAAGCAGAAAGUGGAAGCAGAACCAAAACCAAAAGAUGUUCAGGCUGCUCAGGCUGUUGAUAACGGCCUUGGUCAAUUAAAUGAUAAUACUGGAGGGAAAAAUUCUGAUAAAUCUCAUUGUAGGGAAAACUUGGGGAAAUCAGUAUCCCCUAUUGAAACUAAAAGGGGGGCAACUGAAAAGCAAGUUCAGAAAUUGAGGAAGAAAGACACUCGCCCUUCUGAAAAAGAGCUGAUGGAAGCUAUCGAGCUAGAUAUUGAUGGCCUGCCAAAACAUGAGUCUGGUUCAGUGAAAUUUCCUGAGGCAGACAGCAACAAGAUAGUUCCACCAAUUUUCAAGCCAAAAGAAGCUGAGAAAGAACAUGGUGUGGAAAAAGAGAAUUACAAGGGACUUGGUUAUCAGCACCGAUCACCCAUGCCUGGCCGCCCAGAUAAUAGGAGACAAGCAAACUUAGGGUGCAAAACUCUUGGCCUACAGAAGCUAGAACCUAGGUCACUAAAUCCUUCGAGUGGCAAGACUACAAACAGGACCCCUCCUUAUGCCAAGACAACUGUAGCGAAGGUCAAGAAUUGUGAUGAAAAAGAAGAGAGCAACAGUUUGAUGCAUGGUAGACCACAGCAGUUAAAGGAUGUGGAACACACGGUGCAAAAUGGACAGAGCGUGCUACAGAGGGCAGCUAAUAUGCGGCCUCCUUAUGUCAACCCCAGAUUUGGCAUGCAGGUAACUGAUGAUUCUACAAAACCAACUGGAAGCGUCUUCAAGAAGUACAAUCUGACUGAACAAACAGAUCGUCCUGCUGAAAGCCAUGUGCUUCGGCCCGUUUCUGUUAGAAGGAAGAAGCCACAAGCACUUGGUGAUGCUUAUGAUGAGGCACCUGAGAAGGUCACAAGCCAAACACCCAGCAGUCUCAGAAGACCAGCAAGCAAGCACAAGGUUGCUAGUGAUGCCUAUGAUGAGAACGGUCAUGGUGUUGGUAAUGGCAGGAAUGUUGAAAGAACUCCUAGCAGUCGACCAAGUCACUCAGGAAGGAGAAACAGAGCUCUGCACAUGGACGACCACGAUGGGUCCAUGCUGCGGCCUCAAGCUGGCGAAGAUGAAAGUGCUAUUGAUUUUGGUAAUCUCUUACCACGGACUACAAAAGGGCAUCAUAGAGUCAAUAGCAAGAACACUGCUGUGCAUGGCGGAGAUCUGGAUGAGGAGGAAAGGAUAAUGGACAAGCUCCUCAUGCAUUAUAGCAAGAAAGGCUUACAUAUGGAUGAAACCAAAACAACAGCAGGAACCAGCAGAACUGCUGAUGAAGCGCAAACACAAUGUCAGGAAAACAGUUCUUUGCACCGUCCUGGAAGAGCAGUCUCGCUACCGCCGGAAUCUGUCAGCACGGGUGAAGCUUCCCAGGUUCCUGCUCGGUCCACCUCAUUGCGAUACCAAUGUCCUAGGGGUGUUCACGUCCACCCAAAAAUGCCGGACUUUGAGGAACUGGCCGCCCGGGUCAUUGCUCUAAGGAAUGCUUAAGGAGGAGGCAUGAAUAUGAUAUCUGGCCCGUGUAACACUUUCAGAAUCUAAGCUUUCUGACAGGUUUCUUCGUUGCAAGUGACGGCUCGCAACGUUUCUGAACUCUUAGACCGACGGGAUGAUAUGCGCAUGUAUUUUCCUUUUCUUUACAACAUUAAUAUACUUCUUGCUUUUCAUUUUCAGUUUUCACCGUUGGUGCUCGUCUGGAUAUGGACUUGGUACAGGGGUUAACAGGAUACAGGUGAUAGGAUACAUAUUUGUUCGUUAGAUCAAUAGCAUUUGUUUUGAUCCAUAUACUGUAGUUCCAGAUUUUCUAUUGCUCCAUGUAGUUCAAAAACUCUGAUUGAUGUGUAAAUUUUGUUGAUCGAGCCAUACAGAAUCUUUUCACUCAUGUUACUCAAGUUUUCGUGAGUAUGUAUCAUGGUUUAAGA